AUGCAAGAACCAACUGACAUCUCGUAUUACAUUGGGAAAGAAUCUGCCGAAUCUUUAAAUUUGUUGGAUGUUCCGGUUGGAGGUGGACAAAUUGUUUCCAUCGAUUUGCGAAAUGAAUUAUCGGAUGACCCAUCUGAAUUAAUUCAGUUUUUAACUGAUCAACAAACUGAGAAACAGUACUGGAUUAUAGCAGCAAGUGGGUAUGCAAAAUUGGGGAAAUUGAAAGAGCUGUUGGAAUUCAUCAAUGCAGCUUUAAAAUUGGAUUAUUUUAAUGAAAAUGAUAAAAAGUCCUUUGAAAGUUUCAUUAUUUGGCUCUUAGUGAAAAAUGUUUAUUUGGGGAUUGACAAGGAUAACAACUUGAAUCUUGCUAAAAAAGAAAUAUCAAAAUUAAAUUUUAAAAUCCAAACUGACAGUGAAACAAGUACACUGAUUAGUACAUCAAAUUUACUAAGUCUGGCAAUUUUGUACUUGUACGAAUCGAAAGAUGAUGAUGCCAUAGACAUAUUUGACCGUAUUUUAAGAAUUGAUCCAAACAACUGUUUUGCAUUAUUAGGGAAAGCUCAAUCAGUAUUGAAUAAAACGAAAAACUAUUCGCAUGCAUUGAAAUUGUAUCAGCAAGUUUUGAUUUUGAAUCCGUUAAUGAAGCCAGACCCAAGAUUAGGUAUUGGAUUGUGUUUUUGGUUUUUAAAAGACGAUAAAAUGGCAAUACAGGCAUGGGAAAGAAGCUUACAAUUAGACCCUACCAAUGUGAAACUGAGAAUAUUCUUAAACCUAGCAAAAUUUCAUACCACAUUUACUAAUUCAUUGAGUGAUGAAGAAUUUUUGGACAACUAUAAAAAUUGUUUGCAAGAGUUAAGCAAGCUCAAGAGUUUGAAUGCUAAUGAUACUACAGUGACUUUAGCAUUGUGUUCAUAUUUAUUCUCUAAAGGUGACUACAACACAGUGAUAAAGAUUGUGGAAAAAAUUGUCAAGGGUAUCACAGGAUCUGACAAUCUCAAAAAGUUUAGUACAUUUUCCAGAAUCACCAAAUAUGAAUCGAAUGCCUUAUCUCAGUGUGCUACAUGGUUAGCAAGAAUAGAGUUUGCAAGAGGGAAUUUUACACAAUCUUCAAAGUACUUUCAAGAAGCGAUAAAGUUAAAUGAAACAAAUAUUGUAGCCAAAUUGGGAUUGGGUCAGUCGCAAUACAAUCGUGGCUCAAUUGAAGAGGCCAGCUUAACUUUUGAGAGUAUUUUACGAAGCAACGUCAAAUGCCUUGAAGUUAACUAUUCUUUAGGUGUCUUGUAUUCCAAGCAAAACUCAAGAAGUAAAAAAGAGUUGGCUAUCCAGGUGUUAGAAAGGUACAUACGAUUAUCAAACAACCGUGGCUUAUCCUCGAAUGAAGAAGAGUUUGUGUUGAACAAAGAACCAGUAGCUUUGAACGCAUACUUGAUUUUAAGUCAAUUGUACGAGGCAAAGGGAGAUAUGACCCAGGCAUUAACAUACUUGAACAAAGCUGUUGAAGCAAGGAGACAAGUCGAAAAAGAUGUUCCAUUGGAAGUCUACAAUAACAUCGGUGUUUUCCAGUUUACCAAACAAAACUAUGACAGUGCCCUUGAGAACUUUACGACUGCUUUAGGUAAAUUGGAUGGCCGUGAUUUCAAGUCACCAGAUGGUGAUACGUUGGUUGAUUUACCACAGGAUUUGAGAACAUCUUUAACCUACAAUUUAGCUAGAACUAAAGAAAUUUCGAACCAAAAAGAUGCAUUGGAGACAUAUGAACAAUUACUUACAGAAUGCCCUCAUUAUUUCUCGGCUAAAUUGAGAAUUUUAUUUUUGAAUUGUAUAACUGAGGGGAUAACCAAAGAGGAGAUUCGUGAUGAGAUUGAACUGCUUCUAGAUCUAAAUGCAUCUGAUUUGGAAGUGAGGUCGUUUUAUGGAUGGUUCAUCAAAAACUUUGGUAAAAAGUUACACAUGCCUUCAGAUGCCGAUACUAAAUUACAGAAAGAUACCUUAGUUGAGUUUGACCUGCAUGAUUGCUACGCAUUGAUAUCUUUAGCUAACAUUUAUUGUAUCAUGGCCAGAGAUACUAAGGGGGCAGACGAGAAAAAGAAGAAAUAUUAUCUCAGAGCCAUUGAGCUUUUCACCAAAGUGUUGUCCUUGGACUCCAAAAAUGUUUACGCUGCACAAGGUUUGGCGAUUACUUAUAUUGAAAAUAAGCAAUUAAACAAAGGUUUGGAUAUUUUGAGAAAAAUUAGAGAUUCUUUAAACGAUAUUUCAGUUUACUUAAAUUUAGGUCACGUAUUGUGUGAUUUAAAGCAAUUUGGUAAGGCCAUAGAAAAUUAUGAAUUGGCUUUGACAAGAUACACUGAUGGGAAAGAUGCCAAGAUUUUGUCGUUCUUAGGACGUGUAUGGUACUUGAGAGGGAACGCUGAACUGAGUUUGCCGUACUUGAAGAAAGCCUUGGGGUAUGCACAAGCUGCAUUAGAUGCAGCUAGAUCUACAUCAACUGCGGCACUUGCAUUCAACAUUUCGUUUGUGCAGUUUCAGAUUGCUGAUUUUAUAACCAAACAGCCAGUUAAUGAGAGAAAUAUAGAGGAUAUUGAGAGUGCAAUUGAAGGUUUGAAUAAAGCCAUAGAUAUUCUAACACAAUUAGCAUCGGAUGAAGAAAAACACCCACCUUAUCCAAGAGAAGAGUUGAGAGGUAGAGCAAACUUGGGUACUAGUACCUUGUUGUCCAGAUUAGCCAAUGCGUUGGAAGAAACUAAAGAAAACAAUGCUGAAAUAGAAGAAAAGAUCCAAAAGGCUAAACAGAUCAGAUUGGAUGAAGAACAAGCCAGGUUGAAGGAAGAAGAGGAAAGAUUGAAUAAGUUGAAGGAGAAAGAGUUGGAGAUGAGCAAACAAAGAAUGCUCUUACAAGAACAAGCACAAAAAUGGGCUGAAGAAAACAGUGCUAGUGUUGGCGUCAGCGAUAAUGAGGAAGAUGACGAUAAAUUAUUCGACGAAGAAUCUGCUCAAAAAGAAAACAAGAGAAAGAAAGGAGGUAGUAGUAAGGGAAAGAAAGGCAAAGGCAGGAAAAAGAAAGGAAAUAUCAUUGAUGAUAGUGAAGAAGAGCCAGAGAAAAAUAUAACUGAUGACUCUGAAGACGAAGCAAACGGAAACUCUAACGGCAAAAGAAAAGCAGCUGAUGAUGCUGGUGGUAAGAAAAAGAAGAAACCACUUUCAUCAGAGUUUAUACAAGAUAGUGAAGAAGAGUUGGAAGACGAUGACUUGUUUGGUGAUAAUGAUGAUGAUGAGUAG